UCUUUUCCAUUUCUCAUUUUUGUCUUUCUCUUUUGCACAAUCGGUUGGUCGCAUCUGCAUAUGAAAUUCCAGAUUAGCCCUCAACCAUGCCGGCUUCAGCAUCAUCGGCGCCGCCCCCUCCGACUCACAGCCGUCGUGAGGAUCUGAUCGGACGGUUGAGCUCUUCCUCCGCCGAAGCAAAACUCAAAGCUCUCCGUGACCUUAAGAAUCAGAUCAUCGGUAACCGUACGAAAAAGCUUUGUUUUCUCAAACUUGGCGCCGUUCCGUCUGUUACCUCCAUACUCUCUUCCUCCUCCGCCACCGCGGCCGCUGCUGCAGCUGGUUCUGUUUGUUCCGGUAAUGACGUGGAACUCAACGAUUCGCUGAUUCUUCAAUCCGCUGCUGCUAUUGGUAGCUUCGCUUGUGGCUUUGAUGAUGGUGUUAAAGCCGUCCUUGAUGCCGGUGCAUUUCCUCUUCUUCUUCGCCUUAUUUCUUAUCCUAAUGAUAAGGUAGUCGGAGCAGCUGCUCGUUCCCUUAAGUUCAUUUAUCAAUCGAAGUUAGCCCCAAGGUAUGAUUUUCUGCAGGGGAACAAUAUGGAAUUUAUCCAGUCGUUACUGAAUAGUGAAAAUGAGAAUGUGACUGGACUUGGUGCAAGUAUCAUUACACAUUCUUGCUGGACAAGUAUGGAGCAGAAGGCAUUAAGUGAUGCCGGAAUUAUUAAAAAGCUCACUUGUAUGCUUGGAGGGUCUGUAACUCAAAAAGAUGCUAGUUUGGAGUCUCUAGCCACUAUCCUGAAGGGAAAUCCUGAAGUCAUAUCAAAGUUCACCGAACCUGAAAAUGGAGGAGCAUUGGGUACUGUUACUGAAUUGACCAAGGAUAAAAAUGCCCGGACAAGAUUGCUUGCUUGCAUAUGCUUGAUUGUCAUAAAGAAUUCUGCUCCUUCUUGCCUUCAAGAUUUACGAAUCAAAACAAAAUUGAUACUAAUUCUACUUGAGCUACUUGAUGAUGAUCAAGUUGGAGACGAAGCUCCUUUUGCCUUGUCUAGUUUAAUUGCAGAAAAGGAGGAUCUGCAAGUAUUAGCAUUCGAGGCAAAUGUUAUCGAUAAACUUGUCAACCACCUGCGGAAAGCUCCAGUAUUGUCGAGACGUUUGGAGGGAAUACUUAUUGCAUUGGCUAACAUGUGUUCAAGACUGGAACGCUGCAGGGAUCGGCUUUUGUCAUUAGAGGCUAUGAAGUUUGUAACUGAUGCCCUGAGUCAGGAUAGUGGUGAAGUGCGUGCUGCAGCAUGUGUUUGUUUGAAAAACGUUUCUCGCUCAGUGAAGAAUCUUAGUGCAGGUCUAUUUAUGAACGAGAGUUUUGUUGCUCCCUUGGUGCAGCUUUUAUUUGAUGAUUUGACCUUUGUCCAGGUUUCUGCUCUCGAUGCCAUCAGCAACAUAGUGGUUGAUUUCUUGGCACAUAAGACAAUGUUUAUGAAAUGUGGAGGUGUGAAGCAGCUCGUUCAGCUUUCGAAGUCAAUGGAUGCAACUAUUAGGGUAAAAGCCGUGUGUGCUUUAAGGAAUCUAACAUUCCUUGUGAGUGACAAGUGUAAAGAGGAAAUUCUAUCAGAGCUCACACAGUUGACCUUAAGAAGCCUGAUUUGUGAUCCUGAGGCUUGUGUUCAAGAGCAAGCUUUAGCUUUGGUUUGUAAUCUUGUUGAUGGGCCUCUAGAUUCUAUCCAGCAUGUCUUUACUGAGGACGCUCUUCUGCUGCAUGCUGUUGGACAGCAACUGCGAAGUGCUUCAAAUGCCGAAGUCCUUAUUCAGGGUAUGUACGUCUUUACCAAUGUUGCAUCUGGAAAUGAGGUGCACAAGGAAGCCGUUAUGCAAGAGCUCUUUCCACCGUUAGCUAAUGAAUGUGAAUCAAUUAUGUCCAAGUUUUUACAUAGUGAUGAUAGCCGGUUACGUACAGCAGCAGUUUGGGCUCUAGUAAACCUUACUUUUCCAAGCAGUUCUGGUGCAUUUGGCCGAGUGAUGAAACUACGGAAUGCUGGCAUAGUUUCCCAGUUGAAAAAUAUGGUCAAUGAUCCUUGCCUUGAUGUAAAGCUUAGAGCGAGGACGGCUCUGGGGCAAUCAAUUACUUCUGGUGAUGGUUCUACAUGACUAUUAUAUUUUUAUCCUUAAUUCAGUGGUUGGUGAGAGAUUCUGGUGCAGAAUGUUGCUUGUGGGCAUCAACAUGUUUUAUAUAAUGCCAUGUCUGCAACCUUUGGGACCAAGGAGAACAUGGUUUAAGCUUUAAUUCCAGCAUUUUUCAAAUUCAAGGCUUUUGCUUUGCUUGUGUGGCCUAGCCGGUCAUAUUCAACUGCAUCAUUCUGUACCCCAGCCGCAAUUUUGUAUAUUUUUUGUCCUAGUUAUAAAUAUAAUAUUGUCUGUGAUUGUCGCACCUGUUAUUCUGUAUUUCUCCCACUAUUGGGGGUGUUAGCAGGGAUAAUUAAUGAGAAGGCAUUAUCGUCCUUUGUCU